AUGCAUGAAGAUAAGAGAGAAAAAAAAGCCAGGGCCAGACAGGCCUGGGAUGCUGCUCGGGAAUCACCUCUUAUUGAAGAUGAGCAAAAACCUCGCAAGUGUUUGAGCUUCAUUCAUAUCACCACAUGUACUUUUGUGGGAAUCUUGGUGUUUGGGCUAGCCUUUUUCAGCAAAGCAUCCCUGUUGCUACUGAUAAAUCUCUGCAGCGAAACAUCAACCACCAUAGAAACCAAACCUUAUGCUCUCCUUUUCAUUGGGUGCCUUCUAAUCGCUCCAAGUGUUUUACUGCUCAUCAAAAGCUUUUGGAAAAUUGCCUUUAAGGACUCAAAAAUCCCAUCAGUGCAAACUUUAAUAUGGAUUGUUUUGGUGGAAACAUUGGUGGCUCUUGGAUCUUCAGUUCUUACCCUGGCUGCUAUGCCCCAAUUUGACAUCUUUACCAACGUGAUGCUUCUGAAUGGCAUUGCCACAUUAUCCGCCCUGCUGCAAGUGGUGGCAAAUGCAGUCGCACAUGGAAGGAGACGUUUUAUUGCAACUUCAUUAGCUGCUCUCCUUCUCCUACUUGCAGGUUUUUGCUUCUUUGCUGGAAACUACCUCAGACAGCAGAAUGGAAAUAAGAAUAUGGCACUGUUUGUGGGUUUAGCCAUAGGAGGCACUCUACUGGUCUCUUUGAACUGGUGGGAGAACUAUGCCAUGCUGUUCCGCAUCGUCUUCUUCCAGAACACAAUCCGUGACAUCAAAAGUUCCCGCAACUUUGUGAAUAUUGUGUCAACCAUGGUGCGAAUUAUUGUGACUUUUACUGUCCUUGGAGCUUAUGUGAAGCUCUCAGGUCAGGAUUGGUCAUCAGUGUUGUCAGUCAACAGCUUUGACAAAACCCUCGUCUUGAGCCUCUUCGCUAUUCAGGUUCUGGCUUCAGCUCUGUGUCGGUACAUGGCUGUGGCUGCAUGCAAAAUGCACGCUGUGCGUCGCAGCUUCAUUCUUCCCAUGAUCUUCACAUCUCCAGCCGUGUUGGGGGCCUUUUUCUUGGCUGUUCGGAUUCCCUUUAUGAACAUCAAUCAGCAGAACAACACCUCAUUUCCUGACUACUGUAAAACCUUUGUGUUUGUGGAAAGCCCAACAUUUCCCAUUAUGAAACUGAUACUGAGUGAUUUAACUCGUGACCUAUGCCGGCAUAUGGCAGACAACGAGUCCACAGUGGGUUUUGGCCUGCUUGGAUCAUCUUUGGUAAGCUGGUGGCUCGGCCUGGUGCUCUGCACACUCUACAUUUGGUUCUUAAACACUGAACGCAUUGCCAGGACAAAGGACCUGUUUGUGCGCAACCUUUAUGAAGCAGCGUUUAUUGACCAGUCUAUGCUCCUAAAUGCCAAGUUCGAGGUUGUGCUUCAGUCAAAAUAUAAAAGAGAAAGGGAGAAGGUGAUCAUCUACCUCUGUGCAACCAUGUGGCAUGAGACUGCAGAUGAAAUGAUGAAGAUGAUCAUUUCAAUGUUCAGGCUGGACAAAUUCAGACCAAAGAGAAACAAAUUUAACGAUGUAAUUUUUGAAUCUCACAUUUAUUUUGAUGAUGCUUUUCUGACAAAAGACAACAAGCGGCGUGUCAACGAGUAUGCAGAGACGCUGGUGGAAGUCAUUAAAGAAGUUUAUAUCAUAUUUACAGAGGAUACCAAAAGUGUGUUUAGGGUAAGAAAGCCUCUUCCUGACCAGAAAAUCUUCCAGACUCCAUAUGGCUGUCGUUUGCAGUACACACUUCCCCAUGGCAACAUACUCUUUGUACAUUUUAAAGACAAAACCCAGAUUCGCCACAAAAAGAGAUGGUCUCAGAUCAUGUACAUGUACUACCUCCUUGGCUGGAGGCUGCACAAGAAAUACUAUUUGAUGCACUUGGAAGGGGAGGAACUCCAGAAAAAUAUUGAAGACCAGUUAAAAAAAGCCAAAGAGAACACGUAUGUUCUGGCUCUAGAUGGAGACACGGAUUUCCAGCCUUCAGCUGUCAUGCUUUUAGUGGAUCGACUCAGGUUGUACCCUGAAGUGGGAGCUGCUUGUGGAAGGAUUCAUCCCACUGGCAUAGGCCCUAUGGUGUGGUAUCAGAAGUUUGAGUAUGCUGUGGGUCACUGGCUCCAGAAGACAGCUGAGCAUGUGUUUGGAUCUGUGCUGUGCAGCCCGGGCUGUUUCAGUCUGAUGCGUGCAGAGGCUCUAAUGAGUACCAAUGUUAUGAAGAGAUAUACAACAAAACCCACUGAGGCUUCUCACCAUCUACAGUAUGACCAGGGUGAGGACCGCUGGCUGUGCACACUGCUCCUGCAGCAGGGAUGGCGAGUGGAGUACAACGCUGCAUCUGACUCCUACACCAAUGCUCCACAGGAAUUCAAGGAGUUUUACAACCAACGGCGGCGCUGGGGCCCGUCCACCAUGGCCAACACUCUGGACCUUCUUUCCACUGGCAGUGUCACAGCACGAAUAAACCAGUCAAUAUCACGACCCUACAUUCUCUACCAGACUAUCACCAUGGUUGCCUCCAUCUUGGGGCCAGCUACAGUUUGCCUCAUGAUUGCAGGAAGCUUUAAAUUCAUCCUCAAGCUAGACUCCAAUGCUGCUCUUGUGCUGGCGAUUGUUCCUCCUGCAAUCUACAUGAUUCUCUGCUAUUAUCUCGGGCACGCAAGAUCAGACUUACAAAUCAACAUCGCUGCCGUCAUGAGCAUAAUCUAUGCUUUCCUAAUGACAGCAGCCAUGAUAGCUGUUAUAGGGGACAUGGUAGAGCAGCAGACUUUUGUGACCCCAAGCGGCUUGUUCUUGAUUGGAAUAACCAUCAUGUAUGUCACUACGGCUCUCCUCCAUCCUCGCGAGUUCCAUCUUAUUGUAUUUGGGUUCCUUUACUUCGUCUGCAUUCCGAGUGGCUACCUGCUGCUGGCGAUUUACUCCAUGGUCAACAUGAACAAUGUGUCCUGGGGCACACGUGAAUCUGCCAGCCAGACCGGCGGACCAGAGGAGAAAAUCCAGAAAGUAGUCAAAUGCGAAAAGCUGCUUAAAAUAUGUGGAUACAAAUUUAGAUUCCAGGUGAACAAAGAAGAGAAGGUGCUGUGUGCUGUGCCAGAAAAUGCACCUCAAGCCACGGCUUUAAAUGCUGAAACUAAAGUGCCCAUUCAACCUAAAGAAGAACCUUUCAUUGAUGACUUUUUUAUUCAACAGUUGUCAGAAGCCUCUGGUGAACUGGCCUUAAGGGAGCACAGUUUGAAUUUGGAAGAAACAAAAUUUUGGAAGGACCUCAUUGAAGAAUACUUGAAACCAUUAGAGACUGAUAAAAAAAAGGAACAAAAAGCCAAAGCAGAUCUACAAGACCUACGCAACAAGGCAACUUUUGUGUUUUUCAUCUGUAAUGCUCUGUGGCUUGUGGCUACUUUCUUUCUGCAAAUCAUUGGCUCCUCAGUGAGCAUCCGAAUGCCAAAAGUUUAUGCCAAUGGAACUGUUGAUCCCAAUGCAAAGAUAUAUAUCGAUCCUAUUGGACUGAUGUUUCUCAUCAGUUUUGUUUUCCUCUUCGUUGUCCAGUUUUUAGCUAUGCUGUGGCACAGAAUCCAGACUUUUAUCCACUUCAUUGCUUACAUUGGAACUGAGGAUGUGGUUAACAGGAAAUUGAGAAAACACUCCAUGUCACUGAUCACUGAAGUUCAUGAAGAAAAUAAUUUUCUUUAGGAGAAAAACUUUAAAUGACUAAAGGCCAGUAAGGGGAUGCGAAACCUUAGACUGCAAAAUACCUGCUUCCUGGGAAGGAAAGGAUUGUUACCACUAGGGGUGGACUGAGAACAAAUAGGAGCUGAAAAGUUGCUAUCAAGAACCCCCAAACUGACAGAGACACAUUUAUUUAUCUAUUUAUAAUCAUUAGAACCAAUCAACUAAAUAAAAAAAUUAACCUGUGGAUGUGUAUUCGUGUUUGGCUAAGAAACGUGGAACUUAUUUACCAAAGUUUAAUGCA